AUGUCUCAAGCAUCACUCACACUUACAAACUUAGACCAUUUUGAUUGCGAAGGCGAUCCGACAUCCGUUGGCACUCGUUGGGUAAAAUGGAAGAGGGCACUUGAAAUUUAUUUACUGGCUGCUAAUAUUGACAUACCCUUAAAAAAACGAGCGACACUUCUUCAUGUAGGAGGAUUAGCACUCCAAGAAGUUUAUUAUAACUUGCCCGGUGCUCAUGCUGAAGAAGAAGAAGGUGUUGAUGUAUAUACAAUAGCUUUAGAUAAAUUAGAUAGUUACUUUGCUCCAAAACAAAGUCGAAUUUAUGAAAGAUACUUAUUCCGACUUAUGAAACAGGAAGAAGGAGAACAAUUCGAAAGAUUUCUGUUGAGAUUGAGAAAUCAGGCUGAAAAGUGUCAAUUUUAUAAAAAAGAAGAUCAUAUUAUAGACCAAAUAACUGAAAAGUGCCGAUUAGUUGACCUGAGGAAAAAAAUCUUAGAAAUCGGGGAUUCAAUCACUCUUGAUGAAAUUAUAAGUAAAGCAAACGCAUUAGAAGUUGUAGCCAGACAGUUAGAACAAUUUAAAAGUGAUAAUAGACACAACUCAAACAAUUUUACAAAAACAGAUAUUAACAAAAUCGAUAACAAGAAAAAAUUUGGCAGACCGAUCCGACACAAACCGUUUAACACAAACUGCUGUAGAUGUGGUAGCUCCACGCAUUCAUCCGAUGCCCCAAAAUGUCCUGCAAGGGACAAACGAUGCGUGAAGUGCGGUUUUAUCGGGCAUUUUAGAGAACAUUGUAGAACAAGACAAAAAAGGAAAUUUUGUGACUACAGGACUGAGACUGUACAUAAAAAACCUAGAACAGAGACAAAAAAUGAUACUGAUAAAUCUGAAAUUGAUUAUAUCUUUCAUCUUGACGACAAUGAAACUAUAAAGUGUAACAUUGGAGGAGUAAUCGUUGAUAUGUUGAUAGAUUCGGGAAGCAAGUGUAACGUAAUUACUGACAAAACAUGGCUAUAUUUAAAAAACAAUGGUGUACAAGCCUCUAACAUGAUACGCAAUCCUAACAAGAGACUUAUCUCUUACGGCAGUAAAACACCAUUAGAUAUUAUGGGUUGUUUUGAUGCAAACAUUUCAGUUAUUGGUGACAAUAGUAUAAAAUCUACUUUUUAUGUAAUAAAAAAUGGGACACGUAAUUUAUUAGGCAAGGAGUCUGCGAUUUUAUUACACGUGCUUAAAAUCGGACUUCAAAUUAAUGCUUUAAGUAAAUCACAUUUAAACAAAUCGUUCCCGAAGUUUAGAGGAGUAACUGUUCAGAUCCCAAUAGAUCAAUCCGUUAAACCAGUCGUCCAACCCUAUAGAAGAAUUCCUAUUCCUUUAGAAGAAAAGGUUGCUAAAAAAAUAAAGGAACUGGAGGAAGCUGAUAUAAUUGAAGAAGUAAACGAACCAUCGCCGUGGGUAUCACCAAUCGUUCCCGUUCUAAAAGAAGGUCAAGAAGAGGUACGUAUUUGUGUGGAUAUGAGGAGAGCCAACGAAGCAAUUAUAAGGGAAAACCACCCCCUUCCAACAAUGAAUGAACUACUUCCUCAUUUCCGUAAAGCUAAAUACUUUAGCUCUCUUGAUAUAAAACAUGCCUUUCAUCAACUAGAAAUUCAUAAAGAUUGUCGGUAUAUUACUACUUUUAGCACUAGCAAAGGACUAUUUAGAUACAAGAGAUUAAUGUUUGGAAUUUCUUGUGCUCCAGAAAUGUUUCAAAAAAUUUUAGAAAAGAUGUUAUUAGGUUGUGAAGGAACAUUCAACUUUAUCGAUGAUAUUAUAGUUUACGGGUCCACAGAAAAAGAACACGAUGUAAGGUUAAAUAAGGUAUUACAAGUUUUAAAAGAAAAUGACGUGCUACUAAAUGAAAAGAAAUGCAUCUAUAAAACCAAAAGUAUAGAAUUUCUUGGUCAUGAACUUUCAGGUAAUGGAGUCAGACCACUAGAUAAAUACUUAACUGCAAUAAAAAAUAGUAGAACCCCCAAUACCAUAGAAGAAAUUCAAAGCUUUUUAGGAUUAGUUAAUUUCGUUAGUAAAUGGAUCCCAGAUUUAGCAACUCUUACUGAACCUUUGCGCGAAAUGUUACGGUUAGGCUUAGGAAAGUCAGUAAAUAUACAAAAAUAUUGGACAGCUAGGCAAGACAAGGCAUUUCAAGUACUAAAGAAAAACUUAGCCAAUAUUAGAUCCUUAGGGUAUUAUAAUCCUUCUGAUAGGACCCAAGUUAUUGCUGAUGCCUCUCCUGUGGGUUUAGGUGCAGUAUUGAUCCAGAUUGGCGAAGACGGUCCCCGUGUGAUCGCUUAUGGUCAUAAAGCUCUUACAGACUGUGAAAAAAGAUAUUGUCAAACAGAAAAGGAAGCGCUAGCACUCGUUUGGGCUGUUGAACAUUUUAAAAUAUAUCUUUUCGGCAAGGACUUUGAACUAGUAAGCGAUCACAAACCAUUGGAAACCAUUUUUGGAAGAACAUCUAAACCAUGCGCUAGAAUAGAACGGUGGGUUCUUAGGUUACAGGCGUACAGGUACAAAGUAAUUUAUCGUCCGGGCAAAACAAACAUAGCAGACACCAUUUCGAGACUUGGCAAAACUUCCCCGUCAGAACCAUUCGACUCUGAAAACUAUAUAAACUAUGUUGUAAAUUAUAGUAGACCUAUUGCAGUACCAUUAAAUGAAAUUAAAGAACACUCUGCUGAAGACGAGGAAAUUUCGAAAGUCAAGAAAGGCGUCUAUUAUAACGAUUGGCACGAUUCUAUUAACAAUUUCAAAUUAAUACAAAAUGAACUAUGUUUUAAUGAUGACAUCCUUCUUCGAGGUACAAGAAUAGUUAUUCCUCAUAACUUGCGUAAACGUGUACUAGAAGCAGCCCAUGAAGGACACCCGGGCAUAGUAGCAAUGAAGGCUCGUCUUAGAACAAAGGUUUGGUGGCCAAGAAUUGAUAAAGAUACUGAACUUCUAGUAAAAGGUUGUCGAGGUUGUACUCUGGUAUCUAAUGCUACUCCACCACAUCCAAUGAAAAGACGAACACUUCCUGCUGAACCUUGGGUUGAUGUAGCAAUGGACUUUUUAGGACCCCUCCCUAGUCAUGAUUACCUUUUGAUACUAGUUGAUUAUUAUAGCAGAUAUAAGGAAAUUAAAAUAAUGCGUCAUAUUACUUCCCUUGACACGAUAAAGGUCUUGAAAGAAAUUUUCUCCAGGUUAGGUUACCCGGCAACAUUAACAUGUGAUAAUGGAAAUCAGUUCACUAGUGAAGUAUUCCAGAACUAUUGUAAAGAAUGUGGUAUCAUCGUAAAUAAUACAAUACCCUAUUGGCCUCAAAUGAACGGAGAAGUUGAGAGGCAAAACCGAAAUGUUUUAAAAAGGUUAAAAAUUUGUCAAGCAGAAAGUCGAGACUGGAAAGAAGACCUAUUUAGUUAUAUAAUGAUGUAUAACAGUACACCUCAUUCUAUUAUAGGCAAAUCUCCCUCAGAAUUAUUUUACAGGAGAGUGUUUCGAGACAAGAUCCCGUCAGCUCCAGACAUGGAAUUCAAAAAAGUUGAUGAAGAUGUAAGAGACAGAGAUCUGCAACUGAAAGAAAAGGGGAAAGUUUAUGGGGACCAAAAAAGAAAAGCAACGGAUAAUAACAUAGAAAUAGGUGGAAAAGUAUUAGUUAAAAAUUUAGUAAGAGAAAAUAAGUUGACCACAAAUUUUGAUCCCACUACACAUACUGUGACUGGUGUAGCUGGUGGCGAUGUUAAUAUUCGGAACGAUGAUACUGGGAAAGAAUAUCGUCGAAAUAUAGAUCAUUUGAAAAAAGUUAAUGAUUCUUGGACUGUAGUUGAUAAAAACGUUAAUAACGAGAAUUUAGAACAUGAUAACUAA